AGAGCGAGAAAGAGAGAGAGAGAGAGAAAUAACUAACCAGACAGAGAUAAACAACAACAACAUAAUUGCAACAAUGGCGCACUCGAAGGUCAUACUAAAGAUUCUGUUCUCGCUGUGCGUGUGGUCUUUUAUUAUCAUUGGACUGUUCAAGAUGCACGGCACGAAUCUGGUGCCACAGGAUUAUCGGCAGGUGCCGCAGGACUAUCAGCAGCUGCCACUCAACGGCCGGAGUCUGCUGCAAAAGGAUAUGCUGCGCUAUGCAGAGACCACAUCGACCACAACCGAUCAUUUUGAUCCCAGCGAGAUACUCGUCGACAAUCGCACAGCCAUGGACGAUGAUCAGCUGGUGCGAGACGUGGAGUCACGAAUACCAUCCCUGCCGAUCGCCUACUGGAGCAAGAACAAAAACUUUCUGCAGCAGAAAUCUGCGACAUGUGCCAAAUACCCAUCGAUCUUCGAGCUGGAGUUCAACAACAUCUAUUGGCAGACGCUGCGCACAUCGAAUGGAACAUUUCAGCUGUUUGGGGCCUACUAUGACAUUCGGCGCACCUCGCUCCUGGGUCCGACAGUGCGCAUUCUGGGCAUGAUCGAUCGCAUCGAGCCAAAAGUUAAGACCUACUGUCAAUUCUGGUUUGAUGGCCAGAAGGAGCCGUUCAUUGUGAAGACGUUCGAGUACAAAUAUAUAUGGUACAACAAGUGGGGCAACUACAAGCAGGGCAUUUAUCAGCCCUAUCUGAUUGCCUGCCAGAUACCCAAGCCCUUUCACGGCGUGGUCCCCAGCUCCGUGUCGAUGGUGGAGAAGGAGUGCGACACGGCCACCAACAAUUUGCGGGUCAUCUACAAUCGGCCGCCCGAUGAUCAGAAGAAGGGUUUCGCCGUCUGUGUGAAGGGUCUGGACUUUUUGUACGAUGAUCUUAGCGUGCGGCUAAUUGAAUGGAUCGAAAUGCUUAACAUCUUGGGCGCCGACAAGAUCUACUUUUACAAUUUGCAAGUGCAUCCGAACAUUUCCAAGGUGCUCAGCCAUUAUGAGCAGGAGGGCAAGGUGCAAGUGAUACCAUUAACCCUGCCCGGCGGCCAGCCCAAUGUGCCCGGCUUCCAGCAUCUCUAUCUGACAAAGAAGACCAACCACAAGCGACAGAACGAGGUCAUACCAUACAAUGAUUGCCUGUACAAGAACCUCUAUCUGUACGAUUAUAUAGCGCUCCUCGACAUUGACGAGGUGAUCAUGCCCAAGGGCAAUUCGAUUCUGUGGUCCGAGCUGAUGGCCAAGGUGCGUCCCGAGUCGCUGAAAUUCAAGCCCGACGGCUAUCAUAGCUACAAUUUCCGGAAUGUUUACUUCCUGGACGACCAGCAGCACGAGCACGGCUGGCACAAGGAUAUACCCAAGUAUAUGCAUAUGCUGCAGCAUGUGCAUCGUGCCAAGAACUACACGAAGCCCAAUCAGUAUGUGAAAUGCUUUCACGAUCCGGAGCGUGUGCUCACCCUGCACAAUCAUUUUCCACUGAGCUGUUUGGGUGGCGUUUGCAAAUCGUAUCCGGUGGAUACGCAGGAUGCACAGCUGCAGCAUUAUCGCGCCGACUGCGUGAAGACGCUGAAGAAGAGUUGCGAGGAGUAUCGCGAGAAUUCGGUUGAGGACAAGACCAUAUGGAAAUACAAGGACGAGCUCAUUAGACGCACCAUUAAGACGCUCGAAACGCUGGGCUUCUUUAGGCGCAGCGGUGGCGGCGGCGGCGCUGGAUUUGGCGGCAGCAGCAGCGGCCUCGGAGGUGGCGCCACAACGCACUCCACGGAGCGGUGAUUCGAGCUACUUGGCGGCUGGUCGUGGCCCUGGCUGCCAGUAGCGCCCUAUAUGGAACCAGCGGCAGCUGGCGCAAUGGGCAACGAGGAGUUUUUUGUUUAGUGAGAGCGUAAAAGAGAUAAAGAGUAAUUUAGCAUGAGAGACAGAUAGAGAACGAGAGAGAGACAGAGAGAGAGGGAGAGUUCCUUGCCGCAGCAGAAACCGUAAACGCUACCGAACCCGCAACUGAACUCAAAUCCAUAACUUGAACCCGUCCCGUCCCCCAACUCCUAGCCUAGAGCUCGAUUUGUUUAUUUUCUGUAUUAUAGAAAAGUUUUUAUUUUAUUUUAUUUUUAUUUUUUUACUGAUUUAACUUCUGUAUUUGAUAGUUCCCUUUAUAUGUAUGUAUAUUUAGUUAGUUAGUUCAUAUUAUAAAUUUAUUUUUGAUAUAUGUAUGCCCUUAUCAACCUACUUUUAUACCUAAGUACUAUCUAUCAUAUAUAUACACACACACAUACAUAUAUAUGUAUACACACACUUUCGUAUGGCUAGUGUAAAAAAAGCGAAUGAAAACACUUGAAAUUGUGCCUUCAACUUUAAAUUGUAGUGUAUAGGGUUUUAGAGCAGCGACUCUCUAUGUGUCUGGCUGCGCGAGCUAAGCACUUGACAACACAUAAAUACAUACAUACCAUACAUACAUAUGUAUAUAAGUAUAUAUGUUAACCUAUACCCAAGUAUAUGUAUGCACAUAUUUAACUGCUUAUUGGGAUGUGGCCCAACAAAAACAAAAAUGCAAUUGUUUUUACUGUAUUCACAAAAGACGUUACAAAAUAGAAGCUUGAGUUGAUGACAAAGGCAAACAAACUAAACAAGAAAAUACACAUAAACCAACAAACUAACAACUAAAACAAAAAAGAAACCUAUACUAAGUUCAAGACUGAUGAUGUUUAUUAAUAAUUAGAUACAAUUGCGAAAAGCCCUUGAAAAACGAAAACAAAAUUAUGUGAAAUGGAAAGAAAUUUCAAAAAUUUAUUUCAAAUUCGCUUGCGUAAGCAAAGAACAUUUCAAUUGAUAUUAUGCAUUAACUAACUAGUUAGUAUUUGUUGUGGCUGCCAGCCACAGCUAUCUGUACUUAGCCACUGAACAUGAAAUAUCACUAAAUGCUAAGCAGAACAUCUGAACAAAAACAUAAGUUGUACAUAGUUUAAUUGUUUAAAAAAAAUAAAUAUACAUGUUAAACACAA